CUCCUGAGUUACCCAUCUCUACACUGCUGUCAAAGUAAUAUGAAAUGAAAUCUCUCGGAUUUGCUUUUAUGUUCUAGUGAAAUGUGUGAUCAUUGUAUGAAGCGAAGAUGUUAGGAUACUAUGGGCCUUUUAUGUCACUCCUAUGUAUCGGCACACUAUUUACGCAUGUCUAGAGGUGAGGCAGUGCUUGUAGAAUGAUAACAAUUAAUCUUUAAUACAGUUAUAUGUGAUACAAAAUGGGUAACCAAAACAGUUGCUGUUGUUACCGGAGUCCAUCGCCUAUCAGAAAGGACAUCGUCAAGCUUGAGGACUACCUGCCGGAAGGAGAAGUAAGCUCUAAUAAUAUACAACACAUCAGCGAGAGAGAGCCCGAUGACGGCGACAUCGAUCCAUCACAAGAUCCUAUUGCUGGAACUAUUUUUAUGGAGCGCUCCAAAGCUUCCAUAGAGAAUGGGAUGACUAGGAAGCGCAGUCAACACCAAAUCGCUGAUAACAAGCUCAAAAAAAGCAGUUCCUGUUCAACUAUUUAUUUAGAUGAUAGCACAGUGUCUCAGCCUAACCUGAAGAAUACAGUCAAGUGUGUAGCCCUUGCUAUUUACUACCAUAUUAAAAACAGAACUUCAGAGCGCAGGUUAGACAUAUUCGAUGAAAAACUUCAUCCUCUUAGUAAAGAAGGAGUGAGUGAUGAUUAUGAUAAGUAUAACCCUGAGCACAAGCAAAUAUAUAAGUUUGUACGAACCCUAUUUAAUGCUGCUCAGCUAACUGCAGAAUGCGCUAUCAUCACACUGGUGUACUUGGAGCGUCUCCUUAUAUGUGCUGAACUAGAUAUUGCACCAUCCAAUUGGAAGAGAAUAGUAUUGGGAGCCAUCUUAUUGGCUAGCAAAGUGUGGGAUGACCAAGCUGUUUGGAAUGUAGACUACUGCCAGAUCCUAAAAGAUAUAACUGUGGAAGACAUGAAUGAGCUGGAGAGGCAAUUCUUAGAAAUGUUGCAGUUUAAUAUCAAUGUACCAUCUAGUGUGUAUGCUAAAUACUAUUUUGAUCUUCGCACCCUUGCUGAAGCUAAUGAUUUGGCAUUCCCCAGUGAACCUUUAAGUAAAGAGAGAGCACAAAAGUUAGAAGCAAUGUCUAGAGUUAUGGAAGAUAAAAUAGCUGCAGAAGUGGUAAAGAAUGGCAUUAAAAAGUGGUCAAGCUUAGACAAUGUCAAUUCAGGUGCUGGCGUGAGGCGAAGUGUAGCCAUAUUGUCUUAAUUGAUUAGUCAUGAGCCAAAAUUCUGAUCCAAAAUGAAUCACAAAUUUACAGAUAAUAUUUGUGUAUUUUAUAAGAAUGUAUUUAGAAUUUUUGCACCCGAUUGAAAGUUAAUUGUAUCAUUUGGCAUUAUAAGUUACAAUAUAAAGAAUACUUGUCAUCAACUGCCAACUAUUGCCUUGAAUAAAACACCUAAUAGUGUAUCUUCAAGUGAAAUAAUUAUAGGUUGUAUUUGACAUGAUUAUAUUGUAAAGUGACUAAUGAAAGUUUCUUCUUUACAUUUGAUGAUACACAAUUAGGGUGCAGGUAGUGAAAUCAAUAGUGUUUGGUAUUUUAUACCAUUUUAAUAAUUAACUUUUAUAAGUCUUAAAGAUAACAUUGAACAAUAUGAUAAUAUAUUUAAUUUUGUAUGUGCACAAAGCUUUAUAUUGGCAGUGCAUUAUUAUUUUGUAUGCUCAUAAAUUUAAUAAUUAUGUAUUCACAAAAAUGAAAGACUUGUUGGUGGUCCAAACAUUUUUUUUAUUAUUAUAAUUGCUAAUAUACUACACAAAGACAUGUGUUACAGUCUGUAUUAAUUGGCUUCCAAUAUAUUUUAUCCUUAUACAUAGUUAGUUUUAUCUCAUAAAGCACUAAUGUUAGGUUGCUUUCAAAAACUAUGCUACUUAGUGUAUACUUAGAUUUACUAGUAUGUGCAACUGCAUUUGACUGAACUAAGGAUCUUCUGAAUGUGGUAUGAAUGUAUUUAGUCAACCGCUGUUCUUUUGUAUAAUUUUACAUUGUCAUAUUACUGCAUUUAAAAAUUCUGAGCUAGUUAUAUAAAUUAUGCCAAAUUGUUAUUUUGUAUAUCAAAUUAUAUUAGUAUUGAACUUGAUGAACAGACAUUAUUACAGCAAUUAUAAUGGAUAAUAAAUUUUCGUAUUCCAAUUGAGAUAUUAUGGAUAUUUGUUUUUAUUUAAUUGAUGAUAAAACUUGAUUCAAUAUUUCAUAAUUAUUUAGAUUGUGAAUUGUGAUUGAAUUAUACAAUCCGUUUAUGUAUCUUUAAUGUAAUUAAGCAGAAAUAAACAUUUUAUAUGAGACUUUUAAA